GCGGCGGGAACGGAUGCGUGUGGAGGUCGGUGGGCACCGCGUGGCCAGAGAGUGUUUUUGGAGGGGCAGAGCCUGGCCCGCGUUAGUGGGCCAGAGGCGUCCAGCGCGGCUCCCUGGUGUGCAAGGCCACCGGGCCUGUGCCAGUCGCCUGACGCGACGCCGGGGCCAGGACCUGCGCCCCAGGCACGCGUGCUCUUGCAGGGACCCAGGCCGCCCGGCUCAGCAGCCCCCUACAGCCCCUAGCCCAGCCUCCCAACACACAUGACCCUCCGUGCGCACGAAGAGGCACGCGCUCCCGCUCCCACAGUGCCCUGCGCCCGUGGCUUGUUGCCCGUCCGCAGGCAGCCCCAGGGGGCCGAGGGACAGGACAGGCAGACGGACGCAAGGCGUGGUCGCGGAUUCGUUCUGCCCGGCGUGGCGAGCGGAGCCCCUGGGUACCUUGGUGACGCCCGCGGGCGAUUGCUCCCCCUUUCUCAGGUGCAGUGGCCACGCCAGGCUCGCGGUCGGCCGCGACACGAAGGCCUCCCUGGCCCCCGAGUGCCUGUGGUUUGCGGUACGGCCGGAAGAAGCGUGGCCCGGAACGGGCACCUUGCUGACGGGAGCGUCCAGACGCAUUCCUUGGAAAAGCUGAACAAAAUGAGUGAGAACUCCCUCCCGUCGUUCUCAUCGAAACUGAGGUCCAGCACGUUGUCCGCCCCAGGGAAGGUGCAGUGGCCACGCCAGGCUCGCGGUCGGCCGCGACACGAAGGCCUCCCUGGCCCCCGAGUGCCUGUGGUUUGCGGUACGGCCGGAAGAAGCGUGGCCCGGAACGGGCACCUUGCUGACGGGAGCGUCCAGACGCAUUCCUUGGAAAAGCUGAACAAAAUGAGUGAGAACUCCCUCCCGUCGUUCUCAUCGAAACUGAGGUCCAGCACGUUGUCCGCCCCAGGGAAGGUGCAGUGGCCACGCCAGGCUCGCGGUCGGCCGCGACACGAAGGCCUCCCUGGCCCCCGAGUGCCUGUGGUUUGCGGUACGGCCGGAAGAAGCGUGGCCCGGAACGGGCACCUUGCUGACGGGAGCGUCCAGACGCAUUCCUUGGAAAAGCUGAACAAAAUGAGUGAGAACUCCCUCCCGUCGUUCUCAUCGAAACUGAGGUCCAGCACGUUGUCCGCCCCAGGGAAGGUGCAGUGGCCACGCCAGGCUCGCGGUCGGCCGCGACACGAAGGCCUCCCUGGCCCCCGAGUGCCUGUGGUUUGCGGUACGGCCGGAAGAAGCGUGGCCCGGAACGGGCACCUUGCUGACGGGAGCGUCCAGACGCAUUCCUUGGAAAAGCUGAACAAAAUGAGUGAGAACUCCCUCCCGUCGUUCUCAUCGAAACUGAGGUCCAGCACGUUGUCCGCCCCAGGGAAGGUGCAGUGGCCACGCCAGGCUCGCGGUCGGCCGCGACACGAAGGCCUCCCUGGCCCCCGAGUGCCUGUGGUUUGCGGUACGGCCGGAAGAAGCGUGGCCCGGAACGGGCACCUUGCUGACGGGAGCGUCCAGACGCAUUCCUUGGAAAAGCUGAACAAAAUGAGUGAGAACUCCCUCCCGUCGUUCUCAUCGAAACUGAGGUCCAGCACGUUGUCCGCCCCAGGGAAGGUGCAGUGGCCACGCCAGGCUCGCGGUCGGCCGCGACACGAAGGCCUCCCUGGCCCCCGAGUGCCUGUGGUUUGCGGUACGGCCGGAAGAAGCGUGGCCCGGAACGGGCACCUUGCUGACGGGAGCGUCCAGACGCAUUCCUUGGAAAAGCUGAACAAAAUGAGUGAGAACUCCCUCCCGUCGUUCUCAUCGAAACUGAGGUCCAGCACGUUGUCCGCCCCAGGGAAGGUGCAGUGGCCACGCCAGGCUCGCGGUCGGCCGCGACACGAAGGCCUCCCUGGCCCCCGAGUGCCUGUGGUUUGCGGUACGGCCGGAAGAAGCGUGGCCCGGAACGGGCACCUUGCUGACGGGAGCGUCCAGACGCAUUCCUUGGAAAAGCUGAACAAAAUGAGUGAGAACUCCCUCCCGUCGUUCUCAUCGAAACUGAGGUCCAGCACGUUGUCCGCCCCAGGGAAGGUGCAGUGGCCACGCCAGGCUCGCGGUCGGCCGCGACACGAAGGCCUCCCUGGCCCCCGAGUGCCUGUGGUUUGCGGUACGGCCGGAAGAAGCGUGGCCCGGAACGGGCACCUUGCUGACGGGAGCGUCCAGACGCAUUCCUUGGAAAAGCUGAACAAAAUGAGUGAGAACUCCCUCCCGUCGUUCUCAUCGAAACUGAGGUCCAGCACGUUGUCCGCCCCAGGGAAGGUGCAGUGGCCACGCCAGGCUCGCGGUCGGCCGCGACACGAAGGCCUCCCUGGCCCCCGAGUGCCUGUGGUUUGCGGUACGGCCGGAAGAAGCGUGGCCCGGAACGGGCACCUUGCUGACGGGAGCGUCCAGACGCAUUCCUUGGAAAAGCUGAACAAAAUGAGUGAGAACUCCCUCCCGUCGUUCUCAUCGAAACUGAGGUCCAGCACGUUGUCCGCCCCAGGGAAGGUGCAGUGGCCACGCCAGGCUCGCGGUCGGCCGCGACACGAAGGCCUCCCUGGCCCCCGAGUGCCUGUGGUUUGCGGUACGGCCGGAAGAAGCGUGGCCCGGAACGGGCACCUUGCUGACGGGAGCGUCCAGACGCAUUCCUUGGAAAAGCUGAACAAAAUGAGUGAGAACUCCCUCCCGUCGUUCUCAUCGAAACUGAGGUCCAGCACGUUGUCCGCCCCAGGGAAGGUGCAGUGGCCACGCCAGGCUCGCGGUCGGCCGCGACACGAAGGCCUCCCUGGCCCCCGAGUGCCUGUGGUUUGCGGUACGGCCGGAAGAAGCGUGGCCCGGAACGGGCACCUUGCUGACGGGAGCGUCCAGACGCAUUCCUUGGAAAAGCUGAACAAAAUGAGUGAGAACUCCCUCCCGUCGUUCUCAUCGAAACUGAGGUCCAGCACGUUGUCCGCCCCAGGGAAGGUGCAGUGGCCACGCCAGGCUCGCGGUCGGCCGCGACACGAAGGCCUCCCUGGCCCCCGAGUGCCUGUGGUUUGCGGUACGGCCGGAAGAAGCGUGGCCCGGAACGGGCACCUUGCUGACGGGAGCGUCCAGACGCAUUCCUUGGAAAAGCUGAACAAAAUGAGUGAGAACUCCCUCCCGUCGUUCUCAUCGAAACUGAGGUCCAGCACGUUGUCCGCCCCAGGGAAGGUGCAGUGGCCACGCCAGGCUCGCGGUCGGCCGCGACACGAAGGCCUCCCUGGCCCCCGAGUGCCUGUGGUUUGCGGUACGGCCGGAAGAAGCGUGGCCCGGAACGGGCACCUUGCUGACGGGAGCGUCCAGACGCAUUCCUUGGAAAAGCUGAACAAAAUGAGUGAGAACUCCCUCCCGUCGUUCUCAUCGAAACUGAGGUCCAGCACGUUGUCCGCCCCAGGGAAGGUGCAGUGGCCACGCCAGGCUCGCGGUCGGCCGCGACACGAAGGCCUCCCUGGCCCCCGAGUGCCUGUGGUUUGCGGUACGGCCGGAAGAAGCGUGGCCCGAACGGGCACCUUGCUGACGGGAGCGUCCAGACGGUUAAUGUGAACCAAAACCUUGGUUUCAUAUGAAUAAAAAGUAUCUCCUUCCUCUUGAGAUGUGACAAGGAACAAAGUAUUGGGAAUAAUUCUGCCAUCUCAUCCUCAAGAACCAGUAGGAAUUCUACCACCAAUUUAGAGGUGAUACUGGAAUUGGAUGGAAUUCCUAUUACUGCUCCAAUGAACUACUGAUUUUGUUACUUGUUACCAGCUCACUUCUAUGGGAAUAAUCAGAACAGUGCACUCCAGAGAUCAACAUGGACUAAGAACUCAGUUUCAUAUAAAAUCUUUUAUUUCUUCCCCUUGAGACAUGAAAUGAAAGAAAGUGUUAGGAAAAUUUCUUCCUCCCAUCCUCAAGCGUCAGUGGGAAUUUUCUUGCUGGAUCAAAAUUCCUUUUGCAAAUGUGCUUGGAUCAGUGAUGACUUCAAAAAUGGGUCUUGUUGACAUCGGAAGAAAAUGAAUGACAAAAUCACUUCUGUGAGCUGGGGUCCAGCACAGGGACCAUAAUGCUAGACAAAAAAAAAAAAUGUGGAGGAGAAUUCAAUUUGGUCAGGACAUAGUACCAAAUAAAAAAGACUAUAGCAUUGGAAAACUAGCAUGCUGAUGAAUGCUAGAGGAAAUGAAUUGUACAGAGGCAAUAAAUAACCAUUAUGGAAUGACAUGGCAACUCUGAGUGCUUGACUGGUAGCCUUCAUAAGCCCACAGUAAACAGACUGUGGAGAACCAGCACAUGAGUAGUGAACACUGUGAGAAAUAGUUGUGCCUACACAUGAGCUAUUUACACCAUUUCUUUAGUCAUAGUCAUUUGUGAGAAUCAACAUGUUUAGGUCUUAUUAGAUAGUCAAUUAGAAAUUAUUCAUUUUUUCUACUCAUUUAUCUCUUAAAUAGAAUAAUUAUGGGAAAAUUGAAGAAUAGAUUAUAUUUAUUGGAUGAUCUUAUAUGUUUUAAUUUGCCUGCUAGCCCAGUUGCAGGGAUUAGAACUUUUUUUUUCUUUUUCUUGUCACUCAGGAAGAAAUUUUCUAGAUAUUUCAUGAUGGAUUAAACUAGGUAUUUCAUUAAACGUUUUAACAUUAAAUUAUUAAAUUUCUAAUUAUCGAAGUUUUAUGUUGAUAUAAUUGGCUAAUGUUUAUAUUCCAUCAAUGGGUUUAUAUGCAUAAAGAUAAGUUAUAAUUGUAGUGAGUAAUGCUGGGGGUGCUCUGGGUCUAAUACCUUGAGACCGAUGUAUUAGAAAUUUGACUUUCUCUACCACCUUUUUCUGAGUAAAAGCAUAAUUUUUCUAGUUAUGUAGUCAAGGGAAUAUAUGGUUAAUUCCUUAACUACCUCUCAUCAGUAACCAUUCAACUGGAAAGGUUAUUUCACAACUUUUUAAAUUUCCUCUGUGCUUUUGUAGAAUGGAAUAAUUUUAUGAAUGUCAUAGAAUACUCACUAUUGUAGCAAAGAAGUGCUGAUUUUGUCAUUUUUAUGUGUUCCUUUUCUCUGGAAUGGAACAAACCAAUGCACUCCAAGGGUUAUAAUCAAUUUUAAAUAAAUACUUUUAUGGCUUUUUAAGUAAAAUACUUAUCUGUAAUUAAGUAGAUAAUUGGUUUUGUGAAGUAGCUGUUGAUCCAAUGUGACUUCUUAAUUAUCAGUGAGCCAUCCAAUAUUUUGUCUCUUUUAUUUCCAAGAUUUUUAUGACUUCUCUUUUUGAAUAACAACAGAAACAUCCUAGUUAAAUAACAUGAGUUCUUUUGAUAUGAAGGUGUAUUAUAAUCCUUUCUGUGUUAUGAAUGUUUGACAAAAGGAUGUGUAUACACAUCUUUCCAUAUUUUUACUCUGUUUUCACAGGUUGACAAGAACACUAGCUGGGUCUCAUAUGAGUUUAUUCCCUUUUCUUGAAAGAAUUCCAACAGGAAUUCUAACAUUAGUAUUUUGUCCUGAAAAUACUGGAAUUCCUCUUAGGACAUUCUAACAUUCAUAUGACAGUAAAACUCUGUACUAAUCAGUUGUGAGAUUGAGUCAUUGACUGUGAUGACCAGUCUCCAUGAUUAAAUGGUAUAGUUGUGUCCCAGGGAGACGGAAUCUGGAGUACUCAGUGUCUACCACAUAUCUUAGGAUCAACGUCCCUUUUAUAAAUGUGGAAUCUGAACAAAAUGAGUGACAAAAUCACUUCUGUGAGUUGAAGUCUGCUGAAGGAUCCUGUAAGGCAAAUACAUAUAUUUGUCAGGUAGUAGUACAAGCCAGGUCUGUGGUAUUUGAAACCUAAGCUGAUUGAAUUGUACAGAGAUCUAUAAAUAUCUAAUUUAGGAAUGACAUGGUACUCUGUGAAUGCUUGGCUGGCAGCAACCAUAGACUCAUGAUAAUCAGACACUGGGGGACCAGCACAUGAGUACUGAGACCAAUGAGUUAUGUUUUUGUCUACCCUGAAGCCAUUCACCUGAUUUCUUUAUAUGCUGCAAUCUUGUAAGGCAUAGUCCAUUGAGGUAAAUUAGAUAGUCAAUUCAAAAGAUAUUAAGUCAUUAGUUAACAAUUAUUUUUUUAGAUAAAGGAAACAUAAUGGAAGCUGAACAAUAGUUUCUAUGUAUGAGAAUGUCUCAGAGAGUAUCUUAAUUUGCUUGUUAAUCCAGUCACAAGAAUUCAUAGUGUUUGAUUUCUUGUCACCCAAAGAGAAUUUUUCUAGACAUUUCAGUGAUGGAGUCAAGUACAUACUGCAUUAAAUAUUUUUAAAUUUUUUUAAUGUUUAUUUAUUUUUGAAAGAGUGAGAGAAAGACAGAGUGGAAGCAGGGAAUGGGGCAGAAAGAGAGGGAGACACAGAAUCUGAAGCAGGAUCCAGGCUCCUAGCUGUUAGCAUAGAGCCUGACACGGGGCUUAAACUCAUGAACCGUGAGAUUAUGACCUGAGCUGAAGUUGGAUGCUUAACCAACUGAGCCACCCAGGUGCCCCUGCAUUAAAUAUUUUUAAUGGUGAAAUUAUUGCAUUUCAAGUUCUUAGAAUUUUAAUUGUUAAUAUUAAUAUUACUUUGGUCUGUUCAUUUCUGUUUAAAGGGAGAUCCUAGUUUUGAUGAAUGAUGCUUAGAAUUCUUUGGAGAAACUUUGACUAGGUCUUAGAACAAAUAACUUUGUAUACUAUUCUAUUCCAUGGAACAAGUAUACUUUUUUCUUGUCAUGGUCAAUGAAUGUAUGUAAUUACAUAUAACCUCUUAUCAAUAAACACUGAAUAUAAAAGUUUUUUUUUCUUUUUCAGCUCCUCUGAUUGUCCUUGUGGUUUGUAGGUUGGAAGUUAAGAUAGUAAUUUCAUGGAAUUCUUGCCAUCUCACCAAAGAACAGUUGAUUUUGUCACUUUUACCAGCUCUCUUAUCUGAGAAGAAAUGCAAUGAUGCACUCUCAUGGUAGUUCUGAAAAUUUGAGAAAUUGUUGUGCCUACACAUGAGCCAUUUACACAUUGGUCUGAGCUGCAUAAUUUUCUCAGUGAUUAUUGAUUCCUUGAGGGCUGUUAGAUGGUCAAAAUUAAAAGAGAUUAUGGAUUUUUGCCUUUCUUUUCUAUGUUAUGUGAUAACAAAUAUAUGAAAAUUAAGCAGUAGGUAUGCAUUUUGUCCCAAGAAUACUGAUAUUCUUUUAAGGAACUAUAAUAAUCCAAAUGACAGUGAGAUUCUGUCUAUGCUAGCCAGCUAUUGAUUGUGUUUGCUGGUCUCUCUGACUUCAAAACAUGAUCACAGUGUCCAGUGAUGUCAGAAUCCUUAGUGUUUAGUUUCUGUCACCUAUUUCAUGCUCAUAGUCAUGGUUAUAAACAUGCCUAGAUAAAUGAUAGCAUCAAUAAUUUAUCUGUUGGAAUAUAUGGAAAACAUGAGUGACAGAAGCACUUUUCUGAAACUGAGUUCAAGACAUAUAAAGGCUAUAUAACGAAGUUAGUGUUAACCUGAAAUUAUGAUAAUUUAAAAUAUACUUUAUAAAGAGUAGGAUGAGUCCUCAAUAAUAACUCAAAAAUAUUAAAAGAAGUACAAAGAAUUUAAACAGUGUAAUAGGAAAAAACUUACUUAAAACGAAAGCAGCUAAGAAUGAACAUAGGAACCAAAAAGAUGUAAGACAUAUCAAAAAAAGAAAAAUGGCAAACAUAAAUCCCACCCUAUGACUAUUAUAUUAAAUUUAAAAGACAGAAACUGAAAGAUUCCAUCAAAAAUUAAAUAGCUAUAUAUUAUUUAUGAAAGAUACAAUUUAGAAUGAAACACAAAAACAGUUUGAAACUAAAAUGAUGGAUAAAACUGUAUUACUCAAGGAAUAUCCAAAAAGGAACUGGAAUGGCUAUUCUGACAUCAGAGAAAACAGACUUUAAUGUAAACUAUUAUUAGAAAUGAAAAAGAAUAUUAUAUAGUAUUAGAAAUGAAAAAGAAUAUUAUAUAGUGAUAGAUGGUUUAAUUAAUCAGAUAGAUGAUAGAUUGGUAGAUGAUAGGUAGAUAGAUAGAUAGAUGAUAGAUAUAAAACAUAAUCAGCUAACCACAGUGCCUCAAAUAACAAAGGAAAAACAGACAUGGUUGAAGGGAUAAGUAGAUAGUUCAGUAAUAAUAACUGGACACUUUAGUACCUUCUUCUUAAUAAUUGACAGACCAAUUAGAGAAUCAGUGUGGUUAUAGCAUACUUGAGCAAUCUUACCAAUAAAUUUGAUCUGAUACACACACACACACACACACACACUCAGCAACAGCAGAAAAACUAUUUUCAAAAACAUCUGGAGUAUUCUCCAGCAUAGACCAUAUGCUACAUCAUACAACUAGACUCAAUAAAUUUAAAAAUAUUAAAAUCAUGUAAAGUAUGGUCUAUAGCCAUAGGGGAAUUAAAUUAGAAAUCAAAACAAAUAAAUCAGGGAAAUUACCAAAUAUUUGAAAAUUAACAUACUUCAAAGAACCAAUUGGUCAAAGAUAAAAUCAUGAAAAAAAAAACUAGAAAACAUUUAGAAUUGAAUGGGAUACAUAAAAAGAGAUGCUUAGAAGAAAAUUAUAGUUUUAAAAAAAAUUUUAAGGGGUGCCUGGGUGGUUCAGUCAGUUGGGUUUCGGACUUUGGCUCAGAUCAUGAUCUCAUGGUUCAUGAGUUCGAGCCCCACGUUGGGCUCUGUGCUGACAUCUCAGAGCCUGGAGCCUGUUUUGGAUUAUGUGUCUCCCUGUCUCUCUGUCAAAAAUAACCCUCCCCUGCUCACACUCUGUGCCUCUCUCUCUGUCAAAAAUAAACAUUAAAAAAUUGUUUUAAGUUUAUUUAUUUUGAGAGAGACAGCACGAGCAAGUGAGGGGAAGAGAGAGGAAGAGAAAGAUAAUCUGAAGCAAGCUUUGUGCCAUCAGUGCAGAGCCUGGUGCAGAGACUGAUUCAGGGCUCAAAUUCACAAAAUGUGAGAUCAUGACCUGAGCCAAAAUCAAGUUGGUGGCUUAACCAAAUGAGCCACCCAGGUGCCCUAGAAAAUUUAUAGUUUUAAAUGACUAUCAGAAAAGAGUAAAUAUAAAUACAUCAAAUAAAUAACCCAAACUUCCGCUUUAAAAAUAAGAAAAAGACUAAACUAGAAAAUCAAGUGAAAGGAAGUAAAUAAUAAAUAUUUGAGCAAAAAUCAAUGAAAUAAAAACAAAACCCAGAAUUACUAGGAAGAAAACCCAUGAGACCAAAAAUUGGAUUUCUGCAAAGAUUAAUGAAACUGACAAGCUUUAGUUAAACUGAACAAGAAACAAAGUGAGAAGACAUAAAUAACUAGAGUUAGGAAUGAAGGAGGGGCAUCACUACUGACUGUGGACUCCAUUAGAAAUGUUAUUUGUCUCGUGUUUUCUUGAGGGGAGAUGGAUAUGGAAGAAUCCAAGGUUUUAGUUGCACUUAAGACUCAGCAACUAAACACUGAUACUUAGAUUUCCAUCGUCAACAAUAGUUAUCUCUGCAAAUCUUCCAGAAGUUCCCCUUGACAAUAUAAUAUCACUCAUUCAUAUUUAUCUAUGUUUUUAGCCAAUAUUUAACUAGUCAAUAAUUUAAUCUAUUUUAUGAGAACUUUUGUAAUCACAUCACAUGUAUACAUUAAUAAUAUGGUGAGUCCUCCAUGAUUUUCAUUCCUGUGUAUUCUAGAAUUUUUGACAUUUAUGUGCUUAGCCCAAAGCAUAAAGGCAUAGUUCCUUUUUUGGGCAUAAAGAUUAUAUUGGACCAAAGUGAGAUAUGUGAUUGAGAGAACAUCUCUGAGCCCUCAGUAGUGUGUCCUGUUGAGUAUGAGCAUCAGAAGAGAAUGGGAAACUACCCCAAACACAUUUCAUGAUAAGCUGGAAGACUCUAUAUGCUCCCUACCUGUUUAGUUAUUUUUCUCCAAUUAUUAUACACCAUGAUUCUCAACAUAGUUGAUGUCAUACUUCUGAGGUGAAAAGUAAUUCUUGGGAGCAAAAGAAAUCUUAAAUAUUAUAGUGGUUUAUGGCCCUCCAAAGAGUCACCAUUCACAUACACACAUAAGCAGAUAUACAGAAUAUUUGUGGUAUUAAAAUUGGUGGGGGGGGGAGGAUUGAAAACUAGGGGAAAAUGUCUAAAAAGGAUAUCCAAUCACGUGAUAAUAAAAAAAGGUUGAGACACACUGUCAUACAAGUCUAAAGAAAUUAAUAUAUUUCUGUCAUCUAACUGUGUAACAAUCAAGUGUAAUAGAAGCCAGAGCAGUCGCUAUACUUUGCCAAGAUUUCCUCAGUAGUAACAGGCUUUGCAGAGACAGUAAUUUUAGAAGAUUGUGUUUCUUUUCCCAUUUAGACUCACCUAAUAUCUUUCUCUUCCAUGAUACAUUAUCCUAACUUAGAUCUUAAUACUUUUUGAAGAACUGUGUCUCUAUGGUUCCUUUGAAGGGAAAGUCUACUUGUCUUCCAUUAGGACUUUAAGAAAAGUCUAAUGUCCAUAUUCAUGUAUUUUCCAACAGCAAUUUUCAGGACCAAAUUUACUGUUAAACGAGAGAAUUAUGUAUGCACAGUGAUAUACUAUUACUCUGGCCCCAGGAUUUAUAAACCUUAGUUCAGCAGGAGCCAAAGUUCUAUUGGAAACAAAUUAUCUAGAGCUACUAACAUGUAUGCCAAUGUAUGAUGAAAUAUGUAGAUCUUAUAAAAAUAGCAUCUUUAAAAUAUCUGUAAUUGAAAAUUUAGGUAAGAUUAUUUUGGGGAAAAUAUGUUUGAAAAUAGAAAUAUAAGCUGCUACAUUAUGAUAAAUGUUUCUAAACUUGUCAGGAAACAGGAAAUGAAAUAAGACGAUAUUACAUCAGCAUGUUUAUAUUCUGAAGACAAAAGCAUGUUUUAACAAUUGUUUUUUGCCUACUUUUUUCUUUAAUGUAAAUUUUAAAAUUUUAUACCUUUACAUAAAGCUAGUAUUUCAAGAUAUUUUAAUGGUUGACAUGAUGAAAAAGAAACCUAAAACAUUUGAUUAAAGUUGAGAUAUGGUGUUCUGCAGAUGACUUCAGAAAGACAUUGUUAGGACAUUGCUUUAGGAUACACACAAUUCUUUAUUUUUUACUGAGUAAUUAGCAAAUUUGAGAUCAGAAAAUCAAAUGUAAGCCAUUGUUCUGUGCAUUUUUGAGGAUACUCUGAAUAUAUUAAUGAAGUGUGCUCUUCAUUUUAUAACACCUAUACUUUAUUGUUUUAUUGAAGUUGUUUAAAACUGAUGAUUUACAGUAUGAGCUUUCUUCACAAUCAUAGAUAAAAAUAUUGUAUUUAUGAAUUCUUUUAGAUGAAGAGUGGUUAGAACAUUUAUGAUUCUUGCACAGGAAUGUAUCCUUUCACGAGAUUAUUGCUUUGGAGUAAAUAUUAGACUGUUAUUAUAAAAGAGAUAUUUAGUUUAAUCCAAUCCUUCCAAAUAUUUACAUGUUAUUGACAUACAUAUUUUCUUCUAAAGAUGGUCUUGUGAAAAUUGAUAAGCUAGAAACAAUUUUCUUUUGCCAAUGGAACUGUGGGAGCUUCUCUUGGACUUCAUGAGAUGGUAAUGAUGGGGCCUAAAAGGGAAGAGAAAUUAUCUAUGCCUUUUCCUUUCUUGAAUUCUAUCUCCAGAGAGUAAGAUGAUAACUUAAUUUUAAGUCAGUGAUUCGCCAUUCCUACCUGUGGUCUUUUGGACACCCUUGCAGAAGAUCACUUCUUGGGAACUCAUUUGGAGUGAAUGAUACCAGUAAAUCCUUGAAACAAGACUCUUCAGACAAAGGGGCUGUUGUCCAAAUGCUACCCUCUGAAGGUGAUGACCACAAAUGUGAGGUGGAUUUAUUAUUGAGGGUGCCAUUACUUCUACUACAAGCUUCACCAAAACAAUGAUACAGUCUUCUUUAUGCUUGGAGACUCGUCUCUUUCCUGUGUUGCAGUGGACACCUCCUGCAGAUAAGAAAUGCUUAACUGAGAAAUGCUCAUGUUGGGAUAUCAUCGAUGAGACUUUAAUUUGGGCAUGGUGACUGUUUCCCUUGCUGCCACUUGACUCAAUCCCAGGAGCCUCAGUAGAGGAAAUAUUAUUGCACAAGAAUCUCAAAAUGAUGGAAUUGCUCAGUGCUCCCAUAAAUAUACAUUUAUAAUUUCCAUUUGCCAUAUGGUAAAAUUUAAAUAUUGGAUAUAUUGAAAAGAAACUUUACACAAUUCUUUUUCAAAACUUCAAAGUGUAUCUAAAUAUCUAAUAUAUAAAUUAAGUUCCCUCCUCCCUCCCAAUUCUACCCCCCCAAAGUUUUCUUCUAUUAAGGGAGUUGUGUGCAUUCUUUAAGUGGAUAGAUGCACACAUACAGUCACACAGACACAUACACACAAACUAUUUUGAGGGGUUCUGGAAGUAGGGCCAUAUUGUACACAUUCUUCUGCAAAUUGUUUUUAAUUUAACAGUUUUAAUACCCUUUUCUAUUUCAGUAAUACACAUCUGUGUCAUUUGUUGAAUGACUGCACGACUGUUUUGUAGGUGAAAUAUAAUUAAAUGUUAUAAGCAUUUCUCAUUCAUAGAUAUUUAUGUUAGCACCAAAUUUCUGUGCAAUGAAACUCCCUAUCAAUAAUUCUGCACUUGUCUAUUAUAUCAUAAUAAAUUACUUAGCAGUUCAAAUACUGGGAUUAAGGAUAUGCACAUUUCAAAUUAUUACAAGAUUUCCUUAAAAUGUGGUGACAACUUUAUCCUCAAAUGGCAAUGAAUGAGAUUGCCAGCUUUCCCCACAACUUCACAGAUAAUGGAUUUUAUAAAUAUUUAAAUUUUUUGCCAAUGUGAUAGCCCAAACUAUUGUCUUAAAUUGUAUUUCUUUUGUUUUUGAGUUUGAUCAUUUUUUCAUGUUUAUUAGCCAUCUGUAUUCUUUAAUUUCCUCUUUAUGUCCAAUUUUGGGGGUGGGGGUUUAGAUUUCUGGUUUUGAAGAGCUCAUUUAUUACUGGGAGAAUAAGCUUUGGAUUGUGAAGCAUUAUAGAUAUUUUUAUGCACUUUUAUACUUCAUUUUUGUUGUAAGAAUGUGUAUGAUUGUUAUAUGUCCAAGUAUAACCAUGUUUGCUUUUAUGGCUUCUGAGUUUCAUGUCAUUUUGGAAAAAAUAUUUAUACUGAUUUCAUAAAACCGUUCACCUAUGUUAA